AUGACAGAAUCUAACGAUUUGAAUCGAUUCAAGUAUGAUAUCCACACCCAAGGGUGCAGAAGCAGAAGAGUGAAUGGUCCUACGAGAAGAUCAAGUAAAGGAGGAUGGACUCCUGAGCAGGACAAACUCUUGAUAAAUGCUGUGCAGAGGUAUGAGGGGAAGAAUUGGAAAAAAAUUGCUGAAUGUGUUCCUGGGAGCUGGGAAGAAGACAAGAGGAACGAUAUCAAGUGUCAACACCGUUGGCGAAAGGUUCUUGAUCCAAACCUCAACAAAGGACCUUGGACAAAAGAGGAAGAUGACCUAUUAAGUGAAUUGGUCAAGGUCUUUCUGGAGAAUGAUAAGCCUAAAUGGUCCAAAAUUUCAAAGCAACUCCCUGGUCGCAUUGGCAAACAAUGCCGUGAAAGGUGGCAUAAUCAUUUAAAUCCGAAUAUAAUAAAAACAAUGUGGACUAGAGAAGAGGAAUUGAUUCUCGUCCAAGCACAAAGGGGACAAGGCAAUAAGUGGGCCGAGAUUGCCAAGCUCUUGCCUGGAAGGACAGAAAAUAGUAUAAAUAACCACUGGAAUUGCUCACUUAAGAAGAGACUGGAACAGUUUCCUAACAGCACUUUCUCUGGUUCAGGGCCUUGUGGUUCUGAUGAGUCUAACUUUAUCAAUCAGAGCAACAUUGUAACAUCCCGACUUUUGGUUAACCAAAUAUCGGAUGAAGCUGCCAAGAGUCCUCAAAGGGAUUUAACUUCAUCCACAAGCUUUCCUAGAGGGGAAGAAGAAACAAUCUCAUCAUCAGUAGAAUCUGCAGAUUGGUCUAGACGCAAUAUAACUCCACAGAGCAGCAAAGAGAGUGUGUACGCACAAGAAGUGAAGGAGAUUAGAGAGAGGUUUCGAAUGGCUGCGAGUACUUUCAAGAACACACCUUCGAUUAUCUCCAGAAGAAGCUCACCAGCCUCGGGUUUGAAACGGAGCAGACAGGAAGACGACUCACCGUUUCAAACAGAUGCUCCAAGUCACCUAUCAAGUGAGGAAGAAGAACAUUCAGUUUCAAAUUCUCCUUCUUCCAACUCCAUAAUUGUGAAAUCCUCUGGUUCAAAACCCUUGGAGAGGCGCUUGGAGUUUGAUUUCCUGUUGUGGGACGAUCUUGGAAAAAGAAACGGCAUUGUCAAUUUCUCGGCGAGGAUCUUGCCCGACUCUAAUAAAGGCGGUUUGCCUCCGUUUUGGUUAAGGUCGUAGUUAG